CCCCCCCCCCUCCCCGGCUCCUGCCUUAGCAGCCUCCGGCCACAGGGCGCCGCCGCUGCCAGCUCCGAGCCGCGGAAGGUCCCGGCGGCGGGGGGCGCAGAGCCAGGCUGGACAGCUGGGAUGGCCGAGCAGAACCGCCCCGCGCCCUCCUCCUGCGACUGCUUCGUCGCUCUCCCUCCAGCCACCGCCUCCCGGGCCGUGAUCUUUGGCAAAAAUUCAGACCGGCCUAGAGAUGAGGUCCAGGAAGUCGUCUAUCUCCCUGCUGCAACCUAUGUCAGGGGGGCAAAACUCAAGUGCACGUACAUAGAGGUUGAGCAGGCAGAGAGGACCCACGCGGUGAUUCUGAGCCGCCCGGCCUGGCUGUGGGGCGCCGAGAUGGGAGCCAAUGAGCAUGGCGUCUGCAUUGGGAACGAAGGGGUGUGGACCAAGGAGCCUGUUGGGGAGGAGGAGGCCCUGCUGGGCAUGGACUUGGUCAGGCUGGGUUUGGAGAGAGGCAGGUCGGCUCAUGAAGCCCUGCAGGCCAUCACGGCUUUGCUGGAGCGCUACGGCCAGGGCGGAAGCUGCAAGGAGGAGCCGACCCCUUUCAUUUAUCACAACACCUUCCUGCUGGCGGACCGCACCGAAGCCUGGGUGCUGGAGACAGCCGGCCGGUACUGGGCAGCCCAGAGGAUCAGAGAAGGGACCCGGAAUAUCUCCAACCAGCUGAGCAUUGGCACGGAGAUCACCGCCGAGCACGCAGGGCUGAGACGCCACGCCCAGAGCCAGGGCUGGUGGAGCGGGGAUGGGGAGUUCAACUUCACCCAGGUCUUCUCUCUGACCCACCAGCCCGUGCGGAUGGAGGCGGCCAAGGCCCGGUACUGCGCUGGCAAGGAGCUACUGCAGCAGCAUGCAGGCCGCAUCACGGCGGAGACCAUCAUGGCCAUCCUGCGGGACAAGGCCAGUGGGAUCUGCGUGGACUCGGAGGGCUUCUGCACCACGGGGAGCAUGGUGUCCAUCCUCCCCCAGGACCCCGCCUUGCCCUGCGUGCAUUUCUUCACAGCCACGCCCGACCCUUCCAGGUCCAUAUUCAAGCCCUUCAUCUUCGUCGCCAACGUGACUCCGGUCCUACAGGCGAUGUCUCCGAGCUUCGGUGACAAGGACCCCGUCCAGAAGGUCCCUCGAUUUCAGAGCAGAGUUGAUCGGAGACACCAGCUCUACCGGGCACAUCAGGCAGCACUGGAUCUCAUGGAGACUAACCAGGAGCAGGGCCAGAAGCUCCAACAGACCAUGCAAGAUCUGGAGAGGCAGGGCCUGGAGGCCAUGAAGGAAAUGCUGGCCAGUGGUAUCACGCUGGACCCGGAGGAGCUGGCUGACCUCUUGUUUGACUGUGUGGACACAGAAAUCAAGUUCUACAAAUAAGCCCGAGGCAGAGCCCCGCCUGCCCUACCCUGUCUGGAGAUUGCUCUGUUCGCUUCUCUCCCCUGCUUUCCUUUCAGCGGGGAGCAUUUCAAAGGCACAGGAAAACCUUAAUUCCCGCUGCUGCUGCCGCCCCGUCUGCUCCGCUCCUGAUUCCUAACCUCACGUUCUCUCCGGCUGCGUGAACUGGACUGGAAGUGGCUUUGCGCCACCGGGAUUAUUGCUCUGGCAUGGUGCCCUCUCUGGACCCUCCGCCUGGCAUUGCCCAGCCUGUAGCUGUGGACAGCCCUCCUCGGGAACGGGCGGGCGCCUGCCGCUCCUUUCCUAGCACGAGUUGUCACUCCCCUGAAGAGUCCAGAGCUCCAGCGGAGGCUUCAGCAGUUUGACCAGGCCUGAGCUCCGUGGGACCGGGAAGGGGAGAGCCUCAGCUAGCUAGAUGGAGCUGAAUUUGGUGGCUGGGUUACCAGGGCUAGGUGACCAGAUGUCCCGAUUUUAUAGGGACAGUCCCGAUUUUUGGGUCUUUUUCUUAUAUAGGCUCCUAUUACCCCCCCACCCCCAUCCCGAUUUUUCACAUUUGCUGUCUGGUCACCCUAACCAGGGCCCACCUUGCUUCUUCCUAAGAGGCAACACGGCCUAAUGGUUAGAGCACAGGACAGCUGGGUUCUCUGACUCACCGAGGGACCUCGUUCGAGUCACUUUCCCCACCUACGUAUCCUGUACAGAGCUGGGAUGCUGCGCAGGGCUAGCCCCACCCCCGCCAGGGAGCGCAGGACAGAAGCCCACAGGCAGGCAGACUGAGGUGGAAUAAAGAGGUUUUACGUUUCAA